AUGCCACCCAAAGUCGAGCUCACGCGUAUGUCUCAACAGACUGGGACCAGAUGUGUGGAUGAUGAUUGGACUGGAACAAGCGAUUCGGCAAACAGAAGAAAAUUACAGAAUCGCUUGAACCAGAGGAUAUACCGUCAAAGACGUAAAGCUCCAUCGAAAACUCGUGAAGACCGCGAAAACGAUUCUUUAAUUGAAGCUUCACAGCUCCGAGAGCGAUCGAUCCUUGGUGAAGCCAAAAGUACACAUUAUGCGAACUCGUUAUCGAUAACGAACCUCUGUAACGAGAAACAAUCCAAUCAAUUCGAGCAAACAAGCAAUCCUUCUACCACAUCAUCGACAGAUAUAAGUAUAAAGCGAUGGACAACAGGUCGCGUGUCAAGAUACCAAGGGUUUUGUGAGAUUCGACUUAUGCUGGCCACAUUCGAGGAAGAAGCCCGUAGGAAUUAUUUGAUGGGCUCUCUACGAACAGAUCAACUUCUCACCCUCAUUCAAUUCAACGUUUUUCGCGCAUUGAUCAAAAACACGCGAACAAUAGGUUGGAACUUGGAUUGGCUAGACUGUACGAUCGAUCCUCUAUCCCCGUGGCUUAAUCUUUCCACAAAGUUCGUACCGGGAACGCAUUGUCCCCAAGCAUUGUGUCCAACAAAGAUUCAGCGCACAAUCCCUCAUCAUCCAUGGCUAGAUCUUUGGCCAAUUCCUCAAAUGCGCGAUAACUUAUUGUUGCAUGCUGGAAGUUACGAUGAAGAUCGAUUGUGUAAUGAUCUAGUGGAAUUUGGAGGUCUUAUGAACGAACAAUCCGGCCUCAUUGUUUGGGGAGAACCGUGGAAUAUUUGGGGAUGGGAGGUUAGUGAGACUUUCUUGAGGAAUUGGGGAUGGGCCCUCAAGGGUUGUAAAGAGUUAUUAACUUCAACAAAUACUUGGAGGGCGAAAAGAGGAGAGGAAGCCCUUGUUUUCGAGAUCUGA